AUGACAAACUUUGCCGAUAUUGGUGCUGCAAGAGACAGAGUGCUGCAAACCAGGUUGGACAGGGCGGCAAAAGCGGACGCCGGCACCGGCACGGCGACGACGAUUGAUCCAAAGGGAUAUCUCACCAGUCUGGAGACGUCAGAAUUUGAUCCGUCCAAAGUACAGCUGGGUGAGAUCCAACGAGUGCGGACUUUACUCGACUCCGUGAUCAAGACAAAUCCCAAGCACGCGCCAGCUUGGAUUGCUGCGGCGCGUUUGGAGGAAUAUGCCGGGAAGAUUGUCGCGGCGAGGAAAAAGAUGGCUCAGGGCUGUGAGAUGUGCCCCAAGAGCGAAGAUGCUUGGCUGGAAAACAUUCGACUGAACGAAGGGCAGAACGCCAAGAUCAUCGCUGCGAACGCCAUCAAGAACAAUGAACGGUCGACAAGAUUGUGGAUUGAAGCCAUGAGACUGGAGACAGACCUUCGAGCGAAGAAGCGGGUUCUUCGACAAGCGAUCGACCACAUUCCCCAGUCAGUGGCGAUCUGGAAGGAAGCAGUGAAUCUGGAAGAAGAUCCCGAAGAUGCCAAACUCUUACUGGCCAAGGCCACUGAGAUUAUUCCAUUGUCCGUUGAGCUUUGGCUUGCUCUCGCCCGUCUGGAGUCGCCAGAAAAUGCUCAGGCCGUUCUCAACAAGGCGCGAAAAGCUGUACCCACCAGCCACGAGAUUUGGAUCGCUGCCGCCAGGUUACAAGAACAAAUGGGCAAUGCCACCAAAGUCAACAUCAUGAAUCGUGCUGUGAAAGCGUUAGUGAAGGAGGGCGCUAUGCUUAAGCGCGAGGAAUGGAUUACGGAGGCUGAGAAGUGUGAAGAGGAGGGUGCUGUCUUGACGUGCGGUGCUAUCAUCCGAGAGACUCUCGGCUGGUCCCUGGACGAGGACGACGACCGAAAAGAGAUCUUCAAGGAUGACGCCAAGGCAAGUAUCGGGCGAGAGAAGUUUGAGACGGCUCGAGCCAUCUAUGCUUACGCCUUACGAGUCUUCCCCACGAGCAGAUCACUGUGGCUGGCUGCAGCUGAUCUAGAGAGGAAUCACGGCACCAAAGAAGCCCUGUGGCAAGUCUUGGAAAAGGCUGUCGAGGCUUGUCCACAGUCAGAAGAACUGUGGCUCCAACUUGCACGAGAGAAAUGGCAUGCCGGCGAAGUUGACGAUGCCCGCCGCGUGCUCGGUAAAGCAUUUAAUCAAAAUCCCAACAACGAGGAGAUCUGGCUUGCCGCAGUCAGAUUGGAGGCCGACGCUGGGCAGAUCAGCCAAGCACGAGAACUUCUUGCGACGGCGAGACAAGAGGCACCCACCGAGCGGGUUUGGUAUAAGAGUGCAGCGUACGAAAGACAGUUGGGCAACAUCGAUGUCGCACUCGACUUGGUUCUGCAAGGUCUCACGUCGAGAGUGAUGGACAAGAAAGAGACACGCUUUCCACGCAGUCCCAAGCUGUGGAUGAUGAAGGGACAGAUCUACGAAGACAAGGGAAUGAUACCACAAGCGCGAGAAGCCUAUGCGCAAGGCACUAGAGCGUGUCCCAAAUCUGUGCCGUUGUGGCUUCUCGCGGCGAGACUCGAACAGAAGGAGGGUAUCAUCAUCAAGGCCAGAUCUGUCCUUGAUCGUGCGCGCCUUCAGAACCCGAAGAAUGCCGAGCUGUGGGCCGAGAGCGUCAGAGUCGAAUUACAUGCCAACCCACCUAAUGUCCAACAGGCCAAGAUCCUCAUGUCCAAGGGACUGCAAGAGUGUCCCAAGUCAGGGCUUCUGUGGUCUGAGAACAUCUGGAAAUUGCAACCGCGCACACAACGGAAACCGUUGAGUCUUGAGGCUAUCAAAGCCGUGGAUAAUGAUCCGGUUCUGUUCGUGACUGUGGCACGGAUAUUCUGGAGCGAACGAAGACUGGACAAAGCGAUGAAUUGGUUCGAGAAGGCGCUUGUGGUGGAUCCUGACUUGGGAGACAGCUGGGCUUGGUACCUCAAGUUUCUGAUGCAGCACGGCUCCGAGGAGAAACGGGAAGAUGUCGUUGCAAAGUGCGUGGCGAAUGAACCGAAACACGGCGAGGUGUGGCAGCGAGUGAGGAAAGAUCCUAAGAACGCAUCUCUGAGUACGAAGGAGGUGCUGAUGAAGGUGAUGAAACAGUUGGAGGCAAAGGAGGUCAUCAACUGA